GUCCGUCUGCACAAGUGCGGAUUCUUCUCUCUCAGGACGGCCUCGCGCUAACCUGGCGUUGGGUCCUAAUAUGUGAGGCAACGUGCCGCGGCUUCUCCACCCUGGUGUCGGCUCUCGUGCCACGCGCCAAGCAUGAUUCCGCAAUGGCUGCCCGUUUAUAAGACGCAGGAUGGCGAGCUUGGUUCUCUACCAGCAAUUUUCUUUUAACUCUUCGGUUCCCCGCAUCCUUACAACUGCCUGACUACUCCCAUCGACAUGACCGACGUCUUAGGUGUUCUUGUCAUUGCCCGCAAUGGCGACCGCGAUGAGUUCUUCCAAGACCCCAAGACUUACGAGCCUCAUUUCACUGAGAGCACUCCUCUCGGCGCUGUCGAGUCUUUCCAGUUGGGCUCUUUCCUCCGUUCAGUCUACCUGAGCCCUUCAUCUCCGUCCUACAUUACCAACAUGAAGACGGACCUCGUCAACACUCACGAGGUCCACUUCUAUGCCAAGGCCGGCGGUGAGGGCCCCGUCAUUUUCGACUCCGCCAUCGCCCUCCUUCAGGGGUUAUUCCCUCCGACGCCCAAAAACAAAAUCACCCUCGCAAACGAGACCACCGUUGUCGCACCCCUCGGUGGAUACCAAUACGUCCCGAUCGAGACCGUCGAGCCAGGCAAUGACCGCACCCUCGAACCCUGGACGGACUGCCCCGCCUUCCAGGAUCACAUCUCCAGGGUCUACGCUUCUCCGGAGUUCAAGGAGAAGGCUAAGACCGCGCAGCCAUUCUUUGGUGCCAUCAGGGACUACGUCUUUGGUCGCUCCACCACAUUGGAGAAUGCGUGGAACAUCUACGACUACAUGAACACGCAGCUCAUCCAUAACAAGACUUUUGCGCACCGGCUCCCUCCUACCUUGAUUGAGCAGGCUCGUGGUUUUGCUGACUUCCACGAGAACGCACUCUUCGGAAGCAAGGAUAUUGGCGGUAUCGGUAACUUGCCUGGUCGUACUAUUUUGCACCUCAUCCUCGACUCGCUCCAGCGCAUCGCAUUCAACGGUGACCCCCUCCAGUUCCUCCUCGUUGAGACCAGCUACCACCCGUUCAUUUCUCUCUUCCACAUGCUUGAGAUAACCAAGCACAACCCCGAACUCGCUGGCUUCCCCAACUUCGCUUCCGCCCUUGCUUUCGAGCUCCGUCGUGGACCUGCACCCGAGGACAGGGACUUCUUGAGGAUCAAGUUCAAGAAUGGCACUAGCGACAACUUCGAGACCUACCACGUUUUCGGACACAAGGCUGAUAUCCCCCUCACGGAGUUCUUCUACCGCGCCGAGAACUACGCCAUCAGCUCCUACAAGCAAUGGGCUGCGACUUGCCAGGAUGGCCUGCAAGACGACUACCUCCACAUCGGCUCCCAGAACGGUGCAACUACCACCGUCAUGGCUGCCUGCGCUGCAGUGCUGUUUGUCGGUAUGUUCGCGCUUGCCAAGUUCAUCAAGCGUUCUCGUGCCAAGAAGUACGUUCGCCUCCCCGAUGAUGAGGUGAGUCCUGGUUCAUGCACCCAUCAUAACUACGGUACCCUGCACAACGUCAGGUCGGCUAUGAUCGCGCUGGGUACAUGUACUGAUUGACAUUUCAUAGACCCCCGCCGCUGCACGCGUCGAGCCCAUGGUCGAGAAGGGACGCGUCCGUCUCUGAGUGCACUGCUCAUAUGGAAAGGGCAGUAGAGGGUGAC